CGCAGCUGAGUGGAGCAGAGCCGGGGACAAUGUGGCCGUUCCUGGCACUGGCCCUGAGCAGCGAGCUGGUGGUGGCUGCUUAUAGCAGCUUCCGCCGGGGUAUGGAGAGCGCGGGCAAGCGUGAGUACCAGGUGCAGCACGGCGCCUGCAGCUACACCUUCCUCCUGCCUGAGGUGGCCGAGUGCCGCCCUCCGGCCGGUGCCUAUGUGUCCAACGCAGUGCAGAGGGACGCACCGCUGGACUACGACGACUCAGUGCAGCGGCUGCAAGUGCUGGAGAACAUCCUGGAGAACAACACGCAGUGGCUGAUGAAGCUGGAGAGCUACAUUCAGGACAGUAUGAGGAAGGAGAUGGCACAGCUGCAGCAGCAUGCCGUGCAGAACCAGACAGCCACCAUGCUCGAGAUUGGCACCAGCCUGCUCAACCAGACGGCGGCGCAGACGCGCAAGCUCACUGACGUGGAGGCUCAGGUGUUAAACCAGACCACCAGGCUGGAACUUCAGCUUCUAGAACAUUCCCUUUCUACGAAUAAGCUGGAAAAACAGAUUCUGGACCAGACCAGUGAGAUCAACAAGCUGCAGGACAAGAACAGUCUCCUGGAGCAGAAGGUCCUGGCCAUGGAGGACAAGCAUGGGCUGCAGCUGCGCUCCAUGCGUGAGGAGAAGGAACAGCUGCGAGUGCUGGUGUCCAGGCAGGGCUCGGUGAUCGAGGCUCUGGAGCAGCAGCUGGCCAGUGCCACUGUCAACAGCUCCGCACUGCAGAGACAGCAGCACCACCUCAUGGACACAGUGCAUGGCCUGCUGGCCCUGCUGGCCACGGCCACCCGUGAUCCUUUGGCUGUUAAGGAGGAGCAGAGGACUUUCAGCGACUGUGCCCAGGUGCUCAAGUCGGGGCUCACGGCCAGCGGUGUCUACACUCUGAGUUUCCCCAACUCCACCCGGGGGGUCCAGGCCUACUGUGACAUGGAGACUAGCGGCGGGGGCUGGACUGUGAUCCAGAGACGCCAAGAUGGCAGCGUGGACUUCCAAAGAACGUGGGCAGAGUACAAGGAGGGCUUCGGGGACCCGUCGGGCGAGCACUGGCUGGGGAAUGAGUUCGUGUCACAGGUGACAUCACGACGGCCAUUCCUGCUCCGUGUCCAGCUGCAGGACUGGGAGGGCAGCGAGGCCUACUCGGUCUACGAGCACUUCUAUCUGUCUGGGGAGGAACUCAACUACCGGAUCCAUCUGAAGGGCCUGUCAGGGACAGCAGGCAAACUCAGCAGCAUCAGCCAGCCAGGCAAUGACUUCAGCACCAAGGACAUGGACAACGACAAGUGCAUCUGCAGGUGUUCCCAGAUGCUGACUGGAGGCUGGUGGUUUGAUGCGUGCGGCCCCUCCAACCUCAAUGGCAUGUACUACCCGCAGCGGCAGAGCGCAAGCAAAUUCAACGGCAUCAAGUGGUACUACUGGAGGGGCUCAGGCUACUCGCUCAAGGGCACCAGCAUGAUGAUUCGGCCUGCUGACCUUUGAGGCUCCUGGGCCCGGUUGUUCGGCCA